UUGAGGCAGCGGUGCCUCCGGGUCUCCGGCCUUGAGGGCUCCGACUCGCAGCCGCGGCGGUGGCCUCUAGAAGAGGCGGCAGGGGCGGGGGGAGAGGAGGGCCUGGGCCCGCGCUCCCCCAGCCCCGGAGGAGCAGGCGGCGGCCGCGGACGGAGGGAUUCGUCCGGGCAGUCGGACACCUCUGCCUUCUCCGCUUGGGAUCAUGACCCAGGCGGGGGUCGCCGCAGCCGCCACAGCGGCCGAGACCGCGCAGUCAGCGGUAAGAAGAAAAUAUAACCUCUAAACCAUCUUCCGGCAGAAGAUGGUAGAUUUGGAUCAGAAACAGGAGGCAUUGGAAGCCAGGAAUCAAAAGUGAAGAAACUCUGCAAGCCCUUGGCUGAGAAAGGUUCCUAUCACUGUAACCAUGCCAGAAAUGACAGAGAAUGAGACUCCUACAAAAAAGCAGCAUAGGAAGAAAAACCGGGAGACACACAAUGCAGUGGAGAGGCACAGAAAGAAGAAAAUCAAUGCUGGGAUAAACAGAAUAGGAGAGCUGAUCCCAUGUUCUCCUGCCCUGAAGCAGAGCAAGAAUAUGAUCCUGGACCAAGCCUUUAAAUAUAUAACAGAAUUGAAAAGGCAAAAUGAUGAACUCUUGCUUAAUGGAGGAAACAAUGAACAAGCUGAAGAAAUUAAAAAGCUACGGAAACAACUAGAAGAAAUCCAAAAAGAAAAUGGCCGAUAUAUUGAAUUACUGAAAGCAAAUGACAUAUGCUUAUAUGAUGACCCUACGAUCCACUGGAAAGGAAAUCUCAAAAACUCAAAGGUCUCUGUUGUUAUUCCUAGUGACCAGGUUCAAAAAAAUAUCAUUGUUUACUCCAGUGGGAGUCAGCCUGGUGGAAACAACCAGGGAGCAGCUGUUCAGGGGAUAACAUUUAAUGUUGGUCAUAAUUUACAAAAGCAAACUGCCAAUGUGGUGCCAGUGCAGAGGACUUGCAAUCUUGUGACUCCAGUGUCUAUUUCUAGAGUUUACCCUUCUGAAAACAAGCCAUGGCAUCAGACCACGGUUUCUGCAUUAGCUACCAACCAGCCUGUUCCUCUUUGUCUUCCUGCUACCAUUUCUGCUCAAAAUAUUCUUGAGCUUUCCACCUCUGGAAGUGAAUCUAGUGUGCAUGGUGCCACUACCAGCUCACUGAUUGCUGUUCCGCUCGGGCCUGAACUUCAUCAACAUCGUUCCUUGCAUGCAUGUUUAAAUGAUCAAAAUUCUUCUGAAAAUAAGAAUGGACAAGAGAGCCCCAAAUUAUUGAAGAAAACAACCCCUUGUUCUACAACCAUUCCCCCCAGUUCCUCAGCAGUUGCUACUAAAGUGCACCAUGGAAACAAGUCCUGCCUGAGCAUACAGGACUUCAGGGGUGACUUUCAAAACACCUUUGUUGUCUCAGUUUCCACCACAGUCUGCUCCCAGGCUCUUCUAUCUGCGGGUAAUUCUUCUCCAGUGAGCAUUAGCAAGACUGCAAGCUUGACAAGUGCAACCACAGUGGUGGCACCAUCUGCCCCUGGAGUGGGGAGGACCACCACUCCUGUAAGCACUAUUUCUGCAAACCCUUUGGACAGUGGUUGGAUUCUUUCUUGUUCUUUGCCUUCUUCAAGUGUUAGUGCUUCAGAUUUGAAAAACAUUAAUAGCCUUACCCGAAUUUCUUCAGCUGGAAACACACAGACAACAUGGACUACUUUGCAACUGGCAGGAAACACUAUUCAGCCCUUAAGCCAGACCCCAUCUUCUGCUGUGACUCCAGUAUUAAAUGAGUCUGGUACUAACACCGCCAUAAGCAAUCACAAUAGACAUGUGGCUGCAGGCAUCAACUUGAAUAAUUCUUUCCCAGCAGAUGGGCAGCCAGGUGAGCAAGUAGUUGUAACUUUGCCUUCUUGCCCAUCUCUACCUUUGCAGCCAAUAAUUGCCCAGCCACAAGUUAAAUCUCAGCCUCCAAAAAAUAUCCUUCCACUGAAUUCUGCAAUGCAAGUGAUUCAUAUGGCUCAGCCAGUUGGGCCAACGGUGAAUGCAGCUCCAGCUAAUCAAAAUGUUAUUAUUCUUCAGCCACCCAGCACCACCCCAUGCCCAACAGUGAUGAGGGCAGAGGUUCCCAACCAAGCAGUAGGGCAGCAGAUAGUAAUCAUACAGGCAGCUAAUCAGAAUCCUUUGCCGCUCCUCUCUGCUCCACCUCCUGGUUCUGUUCGACUCCCUGUCAAUGGAGCCAAUGCGAUAAUAGGUUCUAAUAACUCAGCGCAAAAUGUUUCAACCCCACAGACUUUCGGAGGAAAGCAUCUUGUCCACAUAUUACCACGACCUUCAUCUUUAUCAACGUCUAAUUCAACACCAACUUUUUCUGUUACUAUGUCAAACCAACAACAGCCUCAAACCAUUUCUUUAAAUGGGCAGCUCUUUGCUUUACAGCCUGUGAUGUCUUCGUCAGGAACUACAAAUCAAACCCCUAUGCAAAUCAUUCAACCCACCACCAGCGAAGAUCCAAAUACCAAUGUUGCCCUGAAUACAUUUGGCGCUUUGGCCAGUCUCAAUCAAAGCAUAUCACAGAUGGCAGGGCAAAGCUGUGUACAGUUGUCUAUCAGCCAGCCUGCCAAUCCUCAAACUGCUGCAAAUAAUCAAACCGCCCCAGCUAACUGUGUUUCGUUAACCACUGUAGCACCUCCCACAACAACAGAUAAUUCAGCCUCACUACCCAGUACUUAUAAUCUAGUGACUACUCCUUCAGUGAACACUGUUGCUUGUUUGCCACCUAACGUGAAGUCAAAAAGGUUGAAUAAGAAACCAGGUGCCAAGAAACACUUAGCAGCAAACAAGUCAGCAUGUCCCCUGAAUCCAGUCAGAGAUGUGAGCAAGUUAGACUGCCCCAGUGCUGGAAGCUCAGCAGAGCCAUCCUGUAGUGACAGACUGCUGGAAAGCCUCCCCGUCAUAUUACCAUCUGUCCCUGUGUCCCAAGCAAAUUGUGUAAGUGUUUCUGCUCCACAUUCUCUGAAUGGUCUAAAUUCUGAAUCAGUAACACCUGAGUCUGUAUCCAAAUGUAAGUCAGCAGAAGAGUCUGGCUCACCUUCCCAAGAAUCUGUAACAAGUGAACAUUUUGCAAUGGCCCCAGCAAAAUCCAAAGAUUGUACUCCCAAUUUGCAACGAGAGACAUCUCAGGAGAAACCACCAACUAGUUUAGCAUUGUCAGAUGCUGCCAAAUCCUGCCCUUCAGACAGUGUGUUGAUUCCAUCUCCAAAUGAUCCUCACAUUUUGGUUUCUCAGGUUUCUGGUUUGUCAUCUACCACAAGUACUACAAGUACUGACUGUGUUUCUGAGGUAGAAAUCAUUGCUGAACAUUGCAGAGUUGAGCAGGAUUCAUCAGAUACCAUGCAAACCACAGGUCUCUUAAAGGGGCAAGGUUUAACUACAUUGCUCUCUGAUCUUGAUAAAGAAAAAGACCCUCAGAAAUCAUCUCUUUCAGAUCAAAUGGGUCAUCCUGACUUUUCUUCAGAAAAUUCUAAAAUAGUUGAUUCCAGUGUUAGUUUACAGCAUAAGCAGGAACUGUUACUGAUGGGCAGUGACGAUAGAGAUCCAGCACAGCAUCACUCCUGCCUCCCUGAUCAGGAGGUCAUCAAUGGGUCUCUGAUGCCCAGCAGGCAGGCUGACUCUCCUAUGUCAACCAGCUCUGGCAGUAGUCAUAGUUUCUCAGUUGCAUCCAUGCUUCCUGAGACAACUAGAGAGGACGUGACCAGCAACACAGCAACCAAUACGUGUGACAGCUGUCCCUUUGUAGAGCAAACUGAUAUAGUAGCUCUUGCAGCAAGAGCUAUUUUUGAUCAAGAGAACCUUGAAAAGGCAAGAGUUGGUCUCCAGGCUGAUGUAAGGGAAGUUACUUCAAAGUCUUCUGAAGCAUCAUCGUUAGAGGGAGAUCCACCUUUCAAAUCACAGACACCUAAAGAGAAUGGCACAGGACAGGCAGAAACAUCAGAUGAAUUUAAUUCUCAGGAUUCAGUUGAAGCAGCUGUGGAUAGGCCCCUGGAGAAACCAAGUUGUUCUCUAGGAAUUAAAACAUCAAAUGCCUCUUUACAGGCUUCAACAUCUCAGCCACCAAGCAUGACUAGUCUAAGUGUGAAUAAUCUUAUUCAUCAGAGCAGCAUCAGCCAUCCUCUGGUUAGCUGUGUGGGUUUAUCCCAAACUUCAGAGCAAACAACUGUUCCUACAACAGUUAAUCUAACUGUUUCAUCUAGCUCAUAUGGUAGUCAGCCUCCUGGACCAUCUCUGAUGACUGAAUAUUCCCAAGAACAGCUAAAUACUAUGACUAGUAACAUACCAAAUUCACAGAUUCAAGAGCCACUUUUAAAGCCAAGUCAUGAAAGCCGUAAGGAUUCUGCCAAGCGUGCUGUCCAAGAUGACCUUUUACUGUCUUCAGCUAAACGUCAAAAGCAUUGCCAGCCAGCCCCGCUCAGGCUUGAAAGUAUGUCCUUGAUGAGUAGAACUCCAGAUAGCAUUUCUGAUCAAACUCAAAUGAUGGUUGGUCAGAUUCCCCCCAACUCUUCAAACUCUGUUGUGCCUGUUAGUAACCCAGCACAUGGAGAAGGCCUUGCACGAUUGUUUCCAUCUGGUAAUAACUUCGUGGCCCCGGCAUUGAGGCAAACCGAAGUUCAGUGUAGUUCUCAGCCUUCAGUUGCUGAGCAGCAGCAAACCCAGGCAAGUCAACAUCUACAGGUCCUGCAACAGCAUGUUCCAGUUCAAGGGGUAUCUCACCUUCACAGUAACCAUCUCUACAUAAAGCAGCAGCAGCAGCAACAGCAGGCAGGCCAGUUAAGAGAGAGGCAUCACUUAUAUCAACUGCAGCAUCAUGUACCUCAUGCAGAUAGCUCUGUCCACUCUCAGCCUCAUAACGUCCACCAACAGAGGACUCUACAGCAGGAAGUUCAGAUGCAGAAAAAGAGGAAUCUUGUUCAGGCCACUCAGGCCGGUCAGCUUUCCUUACAACCGAAGCACCAUGCAACUGAUCAGUCCCGACCCAAGAGUGGGCAGCCGCAUCCUCACCAUCAACAGAUGCAGCAGCAAAUGCAGCAACACUUUGGAAGUUCCCAGCCAGAGAAGAGCUGUGAAAACCCUUCAGCCAGCCGGAACCACCAUAGUCAUCCCCAGAAUCAUCUCAGUCAAGAUAUUAUGCACCAACAGCAGGAUGUUGGAAGCAGACAGCAAGGCUCAGGGGUUUCUUCUGAACAUGUAUCUGGGCAUAAUCCAAUGCAGAGGCUUUUGACACCAAGAGGCUUAGAGCAGCAAAUGGUGUCCCAAUCGAGUAUCGUGACUAGACCUUCCGACAUGAGCUGUACUCCACACAGGCCAGAGAGAAAUAGAGUUUCCAGUUAUUCUGCUGAGGCACUCAUUGGAAAGACAUCUUCUAAUUCAGAGCAGAGAAUGGGUAUAUCAAUUCAGGGUUCCAGAGUUUCAGAUCAGCUUGAAAUGAGAAACUACCUUGAUGUUCCUAGAAAUAAGAGUUUGGCUAUUCAUAAUAUGCAGGGUCGGGUGGACCAUACUGUAGCCUCAGAUAUCCGCCUUUCUGAUUGUCAGACAUUUAAAGCAAGUGGAGCCAGUCAACAGCCCCAGAGUAAUUUUGAAGUACAAUCUUCAAGAAAUAACGAGAUAGGCAACCCUGUGUCCUCACUGAGGAGUAUGCAGUCCCAGGCUUUUCGAAUCAGUCAAAACACUGGCCCACCACCAAUCGACCGUCAAAAGAGAUUGCCUUACCCACCAGUUCAGAGCAUUCCAACAGGAAAUGCUAUUUCACCAAGGGACAGUGAAAAUGCAUGUCAUCAAAGCUUCAUGCAGAGUUUACUUGCUCCUCACCUUGGUGAUCAGGUCAUUGGGAGCCAGAGACCACUCUCAGAACAUCAGAGGAAUACACAAUGUGGUCCGUCCUCAGCAAUUGAGUACAGCUGUCCUCCAGCUCAUGAAAGUGUCCACAUUAGAAGAGAGAGUGAGAAUCAGAACAGGGAAAGUUGUGACAUGUCUCUAGGUGCAAUUAACACCAGGAACAGCACCUUGAAUAUUCCCUUUUCAAGUUCCUCUUCCUCAGGAGACAUUCAAGGUCGAAACACAAGUCCCAAUGUUUCUGUACAGAAAUCCAAUCCCAUGAGGAUUACUGACAGUCAUGGGACCAAGGGCCAUAUGAACCCUCCAGUCACAACCAACAUGCAUGGGGUUGCAAGGCCAGCUUUGCCUCACCCAUCUGUGUCUCAUGGAAAUGCUGAUCAAGGACCUCCUGUACGUCAAGCUAAUUCUUCAGUUCCCCAGAGAUCAAGGCAUCCCUUGCAAGAUAGCAGUGGUUCCAAAAUUCGUCAGCCUGAAAGGAAUCGUUCUGGAAACCAAAGACAUAGUAAUGUCUUUGAUCCAAGUCUUCCCCAUCUUCCUCUCUCUACCAGUGGCAGCAUGAUUCUGGGACGUCAACAACCUGCUGCAGAAAAGAGAAGAAGUAUUGUUCGUUUCAUGCCUGAUAGCCCACAAGUACCUAAUGAUAAUUCAGGUCCUGAUCAGCAUACGCUGUCACAGAAUUUUGGUUUUCCCUUUAUUCCUGAGGGUGGCAUGAAUCCACCAAUAAAUGCUAAUACUUCUUUCAUUCCACAGGUUACUCAGCCUAGUGCCACUCGAGCACCAGCCCUUAUCCCAGUAGAUCCCCAAAAUACCCUCCCUUCUUUCUAUCCCCCAUACUCUCCUGCCCAUCCUACACUGUCUAAUGAUAUCUCAAUUCCCUAUUUUUCUAAUCAAAUGUUCUCAAAUCCUAGCACAGAGAAGGUAAACAGUGGAAGUUUAAAUAACCGAUUUGGAUCAAUUUUAUCUCCUCCCAGACCUGUUGGCUUUGCUCAGCCAAGUUUUCCUCUUCUUACUGAGAUGCCACCCAUGCACAUGACCAACUCUCACUUAUCCAAUUUUAAUAUGACAUCUUUGUUUCCAGAAAUAGCUACAGCUCUUCCUGAUGGCUCAGCAAUGUCACCUUUACUUACAAUAGCAAACUCCUCUGCCCCUGACUCUUCCAAGCAGUCCUCGAACAGACCUGCCCACAACAUAAGCCAUAUUCUGGGUCAUGAUUGUAGUUCAGCUGUUUGAAUACCAAUUAACUAAACAUAAAGGUAAUCAGUGAGAUUACAAAUGUAUUUGUGUGUUCAUGCACACAUACAUACCCACACGAGGAGAGGGGCUGUGUGUGUAUGUCUUUGUGUUUGUAUAAUCAAUUCUCAGUAAAAACAACAGCAAAAUUCUCAGUUAUCUUCUGAAUGUAGGGAAGCCAUGUCAGAGAUGAUGCAAAUACUGAGUUGUCAAAAACAAGCUAUCUUUCGUUUUUAACUACAUGGCAUGAUUUUUUAUUUUCCAAGCACAUUUGCAUUUACAACUUUGAUUUGUAAUCUUAUAUUCUCUAAAUACCAAUCAUCUGGAAGUUGGAGGAGCCUAGAUUUUUUUUUUUUUUUUUUUUGAGACAGAGUCUCCCUAUGUCGCCCUUGGUAGAGUGCUGUGCGUCACAGUUCACAGCAACCUCAAACUCUCGGGCUUAAGCGAUUCUCUUGCCUCAACCUCCCAAGUAGCUGGGAUUAUAAGUGCUCACCACAAUGCCUGGCUAUUUUUUUGUUGCAGUUGUUUAGCUGGCUCCAGGCCGGGCUCGAACCCACCGCACUCAGUGUAUGUGGUUGGCACCGUGACUGCUAUGCUAGGGGCACUGAGCCAGGAGCCUAGAUUUUAAACUUAAUUGUUGAUAAUUUGUAGAAUAGAUAGUUGAAUGGCUAUCCAAAAACAUAGGUAAAACACAGUGGCUCACUAAAGGCUAGCAAAUAUCAACCUCUAGAAUAGUUUCUUACCCAUGGCAGGUAUUGAAUUAAUGUUGAAUUAAAAGUCUGUAGUUAAAAUCAAGUAGUUAACAAAUAAAUGAAUUGUUUAAUCAGCCUUUAUUCCUGAGGUUUGGUUUAGGUAGAGGUGUCUUUCUUGUAACAAUCUGUAAAUUACCUGAAUUUUCUGUCUUGUUCUCUAAAUUCUUUGAUGUGCCAAGAUUCUUUACAAUAAAGGUCUUCCUUAGACAAUUAGCCUUAAAAAUAGAUAACAAAGUGAAGUACAUAAAUGUUCUCCAUUUUGUACUUGAAUUUUGCAUCAGGCCAUAAGGAUAAAAGCAGUUAUAUUGUGGAGUUUUGCAAUGGAUUCAGUUAGUGAUUGGUGUUUCUUCAAUUCAGCUUUGAUUUAAUAUUCUCUCUUCAUUCUGUUUAUUUGAUCUUGAAAUGAAUUCUUCCGCAUUCAUUUAAAUAUUAGGAUCAAUCAGUAAAUAAUAUGUUUGGAAUCUACAUAUUUGAGCCUUACUUUAAAAAAUAUUUCUGAAUAGAGUUUUAAGCUCUGUCAGUAUUUUAAUUUACUGAUAGUAUUUAUAUUUUUAAUAUAACAUUGUAUAUUGCAUUAUUAUUCAUUAUGGAAUUAUAAGAAGAAAAUGAAUUUGUUCAUUAUUUUUCUUGUUGGUAUAUGUGAAAUGGUGCUUCAAAAAAUAGUCUUUAUAUAUGUCCAUAUGUGUAUGUGAGAGUGUGUGUGCGCGCAUGUGUGCACACAGAUUUUUUUUUUUUUUUUGGCCGGGGCUGGGUUUGAACCCGCCACCUCCGGCAUAUGGGACCGGCGCCCUACACGCUGAGCCACAAGUGCCGCCCUACACACAGAUUUUUAAAGGAUAAACUGGCCCUUUAAAGACAGGCCUGCUAUCUGAAAAUGCAAAAUUGACACCUGAGACCUGAUAAAGUGUAGAAAAACUUCAUGUAGGGAGGAGUUUUUAAAAGCGCCACCGAAAUUAAGGAUAAAUUUUAAAACAUAUAUAUUUAAUUUUGAAUACUUAAAAAAUCUAAGAGAAAACAAUAUGCACUCACUUUCUUAAACCCAUUAAGCCCAUUAAUUCCUUUUUAUUGUUAUAUUCUGCCAAAAAAAUGGGAUGAGGUGGGAGAGAUGCAUACAAAUUGUUCUGUCUGCUUUAUUAACAAAGUAAACCCAAGGACCAGCAUUCUUUUUUUUUUUAAGCCUAAAAAAGUCUCCUAAAUCCUGGUCAGAGCAGUUAACUACAGUGAAUACCUCUUCUAAAGACUCAGCAAAAGGGUCAGUUGUGCCUCUUUAACUGUUCUUACCAAACUUUCCUGUAUUUUUUUGUUGCUAAAGCAGCUUCCUGCAGGUAAAUGAAUAAAAUAAAACAAAACAAAAUAAAAUAAAAAUUGUAAACAAGAAAAACCUGUAUUUUCUUUGUUCUUAAAGGUCUUGGGGUAGCAUAGGACUUGGUGAACGUAGGACAACAGAUAAAACCUGUAUUUUCUUUGUUCUUAAAGGUCUUGGGGUAGCAUAGGACUUGGUGAACUUAGGACAACAGAUAAAACCUGUAUUUUCUUUGUUCUUAAAGGUCUUGGGGUAGCAUAGGACUUGGUGAACUUAGGACAACAGAUAAAACAUGGUAGUCAAAGCUUUUUCUUGUGGAAAAAUGUGGCAUUUAUGAUUUGUUUUUUAACUCUGUUAACUGAAUUUUAAGCUUUAACAUUCAAGUUUUUCUUUGUUCUUGAAAGGCUAAUCUGCAGUUUUCUGUGUGUUUGGCUAUUCCCCUUCCCUCCCUUUCUCAUUUCUCUCCCUGCUCCCCUCUCCCUGACUCUGCCCACACCCCCACACUGGACUGAGGACUGCUAAUGUAAUUGGAAUUAAGGCAGUAGGUUAAGGGAGAAGCUCAGUUUGAACAUUGUAAUGCAAAGGACUCAAAGCCUGUUACUUCCAGAUAUUUCUGUUGCAUUGACUAUAUUUUCCUGCUCAGCUGUGUUCAGAGAUAGCAUUUGCAUUUCUCAGAGCUUUCAUUCCAACACUGUAACAUUUGGAUCUUGAUUGAGUUUCAGUAAGGCUUAGUUGACCAUCUGAAGAAAGAUGUGACCAUCUGCAAAUAAUUGGGCUCUUGCUUACUUGUAGCUCUAAUUAUUUUAUACAUGUGUAGCAUAUGUAAGAGUUCAUUUCACAUAUGGGCUCAAUUCUGAAAAUGUUUGGACUAUAGGCCCAUUAUUUGAUUUAAAAGCACAAGUAUAUGAGAUUUACUGCCAGUAUUAAAUGUUUAAUAAUUAGAGCUACAUAGUUUCUGAGAGGAUAUUUGUUGUAUAAUAUAUAGAAGUAUCUAGAUAAUAAUUUUGGUAAAGGAAUGGCAGAAAAUGUCAAUUUUGGUUAUAAUACAAGUAAUAUCAUCCGUAGCUUACUAACAUAUAACUAUAGAAAGUAAAAUCAGUUCCACAGAUAAUUUUGGAACUUUUGAAAAUACACAAUGUUGUGUCCGAGUCAUAAGUGAGAGUCAUUGAUUGCAUCUUUUUCUCUUUUUUAGCAUUAUCGAUCACAUCUAAUCAGUCAUAGAAACUGGUUGAUUCCUCCUUAACAGUAACUUCUAAUGAAGUGAAAAAUUUCAGAUUUCACUUCAUGUAUAAGCUUUUAAAAUUUCUUUUUUUUUUUUUGAAAGAAAGUCUUAUUACUCUGUCACGGAGGCUCGAGUUGCAUUGCCACAUCAUAGCUCACUGUAACCUCAAACUCCUGGGCUUACUUGAUCCUCCUGCCUCAGCUUCCCAAGUAGGUAGGACUGCAGGUGAAACAUGCCUAGCUAAUUUUUUUUAUUUUUUGUAGAGACAGAGUCUCCCUCUUGCCCAGCUGGUCUCGAACUCUUGACCUCAAGCAUCUUCCUGUCUUGGCCUCCCAAAGUACAGGUGUGAGGCACGACAUUUGGCCUGUGUAUAAGCUUUUUUGUUGUUGUUGAGACAGAGUUUCACCAGGUUGCCCUCGGUAGAGAGCUGUGGCGCCACAGCUCACAGCAACCUCAAACUCUUGGGCUUAAGUGAUUCUCUUGCCUCAGCCUCCCAAGCAGCUGGGACCACAGGCGCCCGCCAUAUGCCCGGCUAUUUUUUGUUGCGGUUGUUGUUGUUUUUAGCUGGCCUGGGUUGGGUUCGAACCCACCACCCUCGGUGUAUGUGGCUGGCACCAUAACCACUGCACUAUGGGUGCCAAGCCUGUGUAUAAGCUUUUAAUGAGUCAGUCAUAGAUGAAAGAAAUCCAGUUUGAUGUUAUUUGUGUAUGUAUGUGUAUGUGUGUGUAUAUGUAUAAAAUACAAGUUGCUUUGAGAUGGCUUCUAUGUUCUUUUAUACCACUUCAGCAAAUUUAUUUUUAUUUUAUUAUAAGACCUUUUUGGGUAUCAGAGAUGGUACCUUUUUUCUGAGUAAUGUGUGGGAAUUCCACAGUGAUCAUAUUUCAUAAAAUUUAAUAUAUCAGAACUGUGAAAGAAAUGGGAGGAUUGUACUUUUACAGCAAUUUCCAGUCACAUAUCAGGGUUGUGUUGAGCUGCAACAAAGAUCAAGUUUUAAAAAUUAACCUUCCUAAAAUACAAAUGAUUUAAAUAUUUUGAAGAUAAUUAAUUUGCCUUUUUCUUGCCUUCUAACAUUAGCAAUGUCUUGGAGAGGCUAAAACUUAUACUCUAGAAAAUGUGAAAACACAUUUUAACAGGAGUAAAAUUUUUAAAUUUUGAGAAAGGGUAAAAUAUAUUAAUAUACAUUUCAUCUUUAUCCUCCCUUACUUAGACUCUUAUUAUUUGCCAUCUGCUCCAUUUCAAAUAGGGAGCAGGAAGCCUGGUCAUUCCUUUAGAAUGAUUACUCCUUUGCUUGAACAUUUCAUUGGGCCCACCAUCUCUUUCAGGGGUCCUCAAACUGCAGCCUGCGGGCCACAUUAGGCGGUGUGAUUGUAUUUGUUCCUGUUUUGUUUUUUUACUUCAAAAUAUGAUAUGUGCAGUGUGCAUAGGAAUUUGUUCUUUUUUUUUUUUUUUUUUAAACUAUAGUCUGGCCCUCCAACGGUCUGAGGAACAGUGAACUGGCCCCCUGUUUAAAAAGUUUGAGGACCCCUGUCUUAGAUGGUAGUGAAUCAUACUCCCAAAUCAGUGAUUCUCAAUUCCUGCUUUUGGGAACCUCUAUGCCACCUAAUCUCUUAAAGGGCACAAUAAUUUCUUGAAAAUAAAAAUUAGUUCAAAAUUGAUUUAAAAUAUUUCAGUGUGCCAUAUAACUCUGUCUCAUGGUUUGGUGGACUUGUUUUUGCCUGUGGCAGAAUGAAGAAAGGGCAAAGGUGAUACCAAAAUGAACAACUAUGGGCUGGUAUCUUGAGGAGUCUUGAACUCAUUGUUGUAAUUAUGACAUCUGUAUAAAUGUGGUCUUUGCCUCGAGGUAAUGUGCCUAUGGCUGUGUACAUCCUGAGGGCAAUAACCAAUAACCGGGUGAUCUAAUGUGAAGUUAAUCUGAGGGAUAGUGAUACUAAUAUACAGAUGAAAGGCAGAAAUUAGUUUCUUCUCAAGAUGUCCUAUUUGGAUGAAUGUUGCCAUUUUUCCUUCUCCAGAGUUGACAGAAAAGAGUUCUUUUAUUAGACUUAACUUUAUUCUCUCUGCAAUUCUGCUCUUCUGUAUAGGUUUCUACUGGAGUGAAACCUAGAGAGUGUUUCUACUAGGGUAGGGGUUGUGCAGGGGACAUGAAGUUUAGAUUGAGACAGUCCAGAUAUGCUGGUGAGAAGCCCCAGGACCUUGUUGGACAUAGAGCUUCUACAUCUGUCCACAUGCCUCUACCCUGGUACUGCACUUUAUCUGAAACUGUGCCUCUGGUCCUUAGACCAGCUAUUGGAACAUAUCACUCACCCACUCCUCUGCUAUAGCACAGGACCAGCUGGGAUGGUACAUGCUGUGUAAUCAAACACCUAGAAGACAAGUACAGCUGAUGUUUCUCACUGUUGCCUUAUCAUUUUCUGAGCCAUCUUUGAUGCUGAUCUUGUAAAAGCGUUUACUAGUAAGUAGCAAAACUCCUUUUAAACUCAGAGCUUGUAUGUGGUGGUCAUUCAACAUCCUUAUUUCUAGAUUUACACAAAUUGUAUCAACUGUAAUCUUUUUCUGGCACAUAUUAGUGGUCAGAUGCUUCAUAGAUAUGAACCAACUUGGGUUGCAAAUAUUGGGCAUAAUAUCCAAAUUGGUGUUAUAUAGGAUGACUGCAUGUAACAAGAUAAUUCUUCAUUUGUAAUUUAACACUUUUUAAGAAAGAUGAUCUAUAAUUUUUUUCUCAAUUGUGUGUAUAGCUAUACACCAUACUAUGUCAUAGUCGCUUAAUGUUUGAUCCAUCAAAUCUCUUCUUCACUUUUCUGAGACUUCUCUGUUCUCCCAUUCCUUAAGUCUUAAAAUCAUUUUUCAUCUGUGAGGUCACUGAGGCACUGGACUUGACUAUAGUGGUAACCUUCCACUAUAGGGGAAGGGGCGUUGAACUGUUGACCUUAAAGAAGAAAGGGACCAGACAGUGUUGCUUAAAGAUGCUGCAGUUGUGUUACUGUGAAGAAAAGAUACGCUUCCACUUUCAGCAGGCCAUAUAUAUGUAUAUACACACACAUAUAUAUAUAUUUUCAUUUUGGUAAAAAAAGUUGAAAAAUCUGAGGAGAACAUAGUUACCUUCACAAAUUAUUUAUAGAUACACUGGGUGAGAAGCUUACUGUAGGGCAGUCACCAAAAAAACAAAACAACAAAAACCAAUAACAGAAAAACUCCAACUAAUUUUAGUUCUUUCCAUAGUGUAAUAUUUGUAUCAAUACCAUGGCAGCAGUGUCUGCUGUGCACUGUGUCCUAUUCCUGUAAAUCAUCUGGUUUAUAUUCUAAUGGAAACUAAUUUGUUUUGUAAUGGAAAACAGAUAUGUAUAAUAUGAUUAGGAUUGUCCUACAGUUGUAAAUAAGAAUAGGUCCUGUUUAUUUUGACAUCUUUUUACAAAUGCAUUGUAUUACGGUGUGAAUAUUCUAAACCAUGCUCUUGUUUAAAGUUUUGAAAUUUUUAUUGUUAAAUGUAACAUUUUAAUGGUUGUAAUAAUUAUUUGUAUAGAUAUGAAUAUAGUAUUUUAUUUAAGAAAAUAAACUUUGCAUUUUUGCAUUGU